AUGAUUGGUGGCUUGUUUGUUUACAACCACAAGGGCGAGGUAUUAAUCUCUCGAGUUUAUCGCGAUGACAUCGGACGCAACGCCGUGGACGCUUUCCGAGUCAACGUCAUCCAUGCCAGGCAGCAGGUGCGCUCGCCGGUGACCAACAUUGCCAGAACUAGCUUUUUCCACAUCAAGCGUGCCAACAUUUGGCUGGCUGCGGUCACCAAGCAAAAUGUGAAUGCUGCGAUGGUAUUUGAGUUCUUGCUCAAGAUCAUUGAGGUGAUGCAGUCUUACUUUGGUAAGAUCUCCGAGGAGAACAUCAAGAAUAACUUUGUGCUCAUCUAUGAGCUGCUGGACGAGAUCUUGGAUUUCGGUUAUCCGCAGAAUACCGACUCGGGUACACUAAAGACGUUCAUUACGCAGCAGGGCAUCAAGUCGGCCACCAAGGAGGAGCAAAUGCAAAUAACUUCACAGGUUACCGGCCAGAUUGGCUGGCGACGCGAGGGCAUCAAAUAUCGACGCAACGAACUGUUCCUUGAUGUGCUCGAGUAUGUUAAUCUGUUGAUGAGCCCCCAGGGUCAGGUGCUAUCGGCUCACGUUGCCGGCAAAGUAGUCAUGAAGUCGUAUUUGUCAGGAAUGCCUGAAUGCAAGUUUGGAAUCAACGAUAAAAUCGUCAUGGAAUCUAAGGGCAGGGGCCUCUCGGGCAAUUCCGAGGCGGAGACAUCGCGCUCCGGCAAGCCGGUGGUCGUAAUUGACGAUUGCCAGUUCCAUCAAUGCGUCAAGCUGAGCAAAUUUGAAACGGAGCAUUCGAUUAGCUUCAUACCGCCGGACGGUGAAUUCGAGCUGAUGCGCUACCGUACAACAAAGGACAUAUCGCUGCCGUUCCGUGUGAUACCCCUGGUGCGCGAGGUGGGCCGCACCAAGAUGGAGGCCAAGGUCGUGCUGAAGUCAAACUUUAAGCCCUCGCUGCUUGGCCAGAAGAUCGAGGUGAAGAUACCCACACCGCUCAACACAUCGGGCGUGCAGUUGAUUUGCCUGAAAGGCAAGGCCAAGUACAAGGCCUCCGAGAAUGCGAUUGUGUGGAAAAUCAAACGGAUGGCGGGCAUGAAGGAAACCCAACUUUCAGCCGAAAUUGAACUGCUCGAAACGGACACCAAAAAGAAGUGGACACGCCCGCCCAUAUCCAUGAACUUCGAGGUGCCAUUUGCACCGUCCGGCUUCAAGGUGCGCUAUCUGAAAGUGUUCGAGCCCAAGCUCAACUAUUCCGAUCACGAUGUGGUCAAAUGGGUGCGUUACAUCGGACGCAGCGGUCUCUACGAGACACGCUGUUAAAGCCCAGCUCCAGGCCUACCGGAAGCAAUCGAGCAAGUGUAUCACAAGGACAACAAAAGAAAGAGAAUUGAAAGCUUUUGCCAAUAUUCAAUGUUAUUGGAAUUUCUCUCAAUCGAAUUGAACAAAUGCUGUCGCAUAUUCCAAAUUUAGUUCUUCAGCAACGGGCCUUAAAUGCAUAUAUUUAUUAUAGUUGGCCCAUCUUCUAACCUACCUAUAUAUGCAUAUAUAGGCACAUAUUAAACAUACCAUUAUAUUAUAUUAUUAUUUACAAUAUUAUAUUAUGUAAUUUUAUUAGACUACGCGCGUCUUAAAUCUCACUUUUUACACCUAAUUAUGAUUUAUGUAUUAUUAUAUUAAAUGUUUGCCCCCAUGGAUGUAUUUGAUAGACCAAAACUCUGUCAAAGCGCGCUAAUAAUAUUGAUAUUCAAAGUGUUAAUCGAAUUGUUUAAUAAAUAAAUAGCAAGAUAUGCAUAUACUC